CUUUCUUUCUAUUAAUUAACAAACCAUGGUAACUCCUACUAUCCUUGACGAAGAUACCUAUACGGAAGCUAUCAGUUAUAUUAUAGAAAGAGACUUUUUUCCUCAUCUUGCAAAGAUGAAGGCAGAGUCUUUUUAUCAUGAAGCAACUAUCAACGGUGACCCUAUUCAAUUACAACAAGCUAAACAAUUACUUUCAAACUUGAAUCAACCACGUUCUAAAGAAACAGAUCAUAUACAGAACUAUUAUAACCAACAAGAAACUGACUUGGCGAAACGAAUCAAUCUUGAACUCUCUUUAGAUCAAUUCCAAACUGUUUACACUAGUGAAGAUAAUGCAUCAUUUACUGAUUUACUGGAAAAAGCAAACGCCAAAAGAAAAAGUCAUUAUCACUGGUUUUACGAUAAACAAGCUCAACAAUUAUGUAUAAAAGACGGCAACCACACUAAACAAAUACCCACCAAUAAUCUUCUUAUGUAUUAUCCUGAAGGUCCUAGUCAAUCUAUCUUGGAUGAUACAACAAUAAGAGGUGCACCAAAAUCAAUUACUUAUGCCAAUACUUCCUUAACAACAACAAAUACAACUACUACUACUACAAAAAAAGAUCAAAAUCAUCAUAUACCUUGGGAUCAACAAUAUGAUAAUCAAUCAUCAUCUACCCCAGCCUUUCGUGGUUUUGGUCUAGUGGAAUCAACUCCUAUCAUUCAUCCAGAAAACCUAUCUACACCAUUGAUGACAUGGGGUUCCAUAGAAGGAACACCAAUACAAAUCAAAGGAUCAGAAACUCCAUCAGGUCCUCGAUUCUCAUUACCAAAGGAAUCAGCUAGAGAAAAAUUGGGUAUGAAAUUAUCAGAAAAAGCUUCUAGAGCUUAUCGGAAAAGGACACAUGAAAAGGGGCAAACAUCAAGGGGAACUCCAAGAACAGGUUCUGGUUUGAUGUCUCCCGCAGCACAACAUUUAUUACGAAGAAGUAACACUCCCUAUACCAAAGGUAUUGACAUGGCUUUAAGAUCCUCUUAUGGUGGAUCUUCAACCGGCCAUACAACUUCAUCCCCAAGAUAUGGAAAGACUCCUACUCCUCUCUUUCGUGCUGGUGCUACACCCAAAUCUUCAAGAUUUCAAAUCAAUCGUACUACUCCUAGCUUCACUUCACAUCCUCUAUGAUAGCUAUUUUGUUUAUUUAUUUAAUUUUUUUUUUGUAGACUUGUUUUCUUUGUUAAUAAUAAAUAUACAUUCAUAUCGUCACUGUAUCUAUUGAUUGGAGGAAGAUUUUUAGUUGUGUGUGUGUGCAUUUUUUUUUCUUCUUCUU